GACGAGAAAAACAAAAAUAACGCAACGUGGUGUGACAGACCAUACCAGAAGACUUUAAGUUGAAGUAGGCUACUUCGUGUUUGCGGUAUUAAACGACUUUUCUUUUCUUUUCAAAACUAUUCUCUGUUUUUAACCGCCUCUUAUUUUUCGAAACCUUAUUUGUUGGUGGGUUUUUUUUUACUAUUGAUUUUAGCUGUAUAAAUUAGUUUUAGCGCACUAAUUGUUUAUUUAUUUAAUAAUGAGUUUCGUGGAGGUGAAAAAUAUGGAACCGACUACAUUUGAAGACCGCUACUACGACGAAUAUGAAUAUUAUAAUCUUACUGACAAGUUCAGUGGUGGUACUAGUCGUAAGGGGAGGACAAAGCGUGAAGCCAGCUGCAACACCAACAGACCCAACCCUGCGGGCCAUGAGCGAAAGAUAACUGAGAAAUUGCAAAAUGCCGAAAAGAAGGCCAAGGAAUGAGGGACGAACAAGAGGAAAAACCAUUGGACAGCUAACCCUGGCAACAGACCAUAGCCAUCUUGGUAAUGGAUGAGCAGACUGAAGGGCCAGCGUGUGGCAAGUCAGACCAGCCUGGCGGGGAGUUACAGGGGGGAAAUUGAAACAAACUUUUUUUUAAAGUGUAAACUGUUUCAGGUUAAAAUGGGGAUAGAAUCUGGGAAGGUUAAGAGUGACUGUGUUGGAAGUUUGAGCUAAUAUGAUUGUGAUUAGUUUUCUGAAAUUAGUUGGAUUUCUGUCAUCUGGAUUGUCAGCCAGCCAUGUCAGUGUGUGAACGUUUUUUAUUUAAUUGUGGGAAAUUCUGAUGAAAUGGAUGAUUUUAAUAUCUGAAUUAAAGGAAUGACCAAACACUUUUUUUUAUACAUCAAA